GUACGACUACGACAAGUGUUGUCUUGGAGAACCGGGCUCCCUUUCGAAACGCAACAGAAUUUUUGAUAUCAUAGUUGGCGGUGAGCUCAAGGCUGUCCUUGUUUUAUCUUUCCUUUCUUUUCUUCUUGGCUACUGCUCUCGUCACUGUUUCUUGUGGUUAUUUCAAGUUAGUUUGUUCAAGUUGCUGUAAGGGAUUAUACCCACAUGUCCGCGUCCUCACAAUCCGCGUCCCCUGCCAAUCCAAUCGAGUUCUACGACCCUCCUCACGACCAUAAUGGGCAUCUUCAUUCCUCGAACGGGAUACAUUCAGUUGCAUCGCCUUCGGCCAAGUUGACACGAACUGUCGCGAUAAUCAAGACAAAUGCAUUGGAGCAACGUCUGGACAUCGAACACCGUCUUCUGGAGGCAAAUUUCGAGAUACUGAAAGAACGCCAAAUGGAGUUUGAUACGGAGACGGAUCCCGACACAUUCUUCGAGCUUUUCGGCGAUGAUGCUCGGUUCCUUGACGAUGGUCCAGUCUGGGUCUACGUUCUUGAGCGCAGACGCGCUGUCCAAGUUCUCCUCUCGCUAAUGCCUUCACUCGAUGAUGCAAUAAUAGGCGCAAAGGAUGAAGAGCAAGCAGAAAUCCAAAUAGCGUCUCUGUUUGCCUCCAGCCCUCUCUUUACCACCAGCGAUCUCCCUGCAGCCGACGAAGAGCUGAGUUCACAUGACGAAUUCGACCCCGGUUCUGUGCGCUCGAUUGACUCUGCGAUCCUGGAAGCUCUCAAGCUAGGUUUGAGUGCUCCUCCCGGCGUAUAUACGCCAUCCCCUGGGCCUUCAGAUGCGCGCGCACCCCAAUUUUCAGCACGCCCGAGCCUCAGUUCCAAUGCAUCACCCAACGGAAAGCAACCAUUUCGUGCACGGCCACUUCCAAAAACGCAUAUAUCUCCUGAUAUCUCUCCACGCACAACAAAAUCCGCCCUUCUACGCCAGGGGCUGGCUCCAGACGGAUCCAAACCAUCUCCCCUUAAAUCGCGGAUGUCCAUAGCUAGUACAGGCCGCAUCCCAGCUCCUCGUAGGGAGAAGGAGAAUGCAGCGGAGAAAGAGAUGGAGAAAGAGAGGAUUAGGAGGACGUUUGCAGGCAUUCCAGGCCACAAGCGCUCUGAGACGCUCACGGUUGCGUCCAUUGCGCCACCUACCAUUGCCCCGAGGUUGACCAAGGCAGCUGCCUUGCGAUUGGGCCUCGCACAGCCUGCCUUACCUCCUGGGCGAAAGCGUGCGUCGAUAUCUGGCCCAAUCACAAAUGGAAAAGCAGCAGUCAUUCCCAAUGCGCCUGCUGUCUCUCUGCAGAAAUCUGCUUUACCUAGCGAUGUCGAGGGAGAAGGCGAAGAUACGGAGACUGAGCAAGGGCGUGGAGGCAAAAACAUUUUUGACGGUGUCCCUGGGCACAAACGUCGCCAAUCGAUAUCUGUCGCAAGUACAACUGAAGCCCCGACUAUAGUUCCUAGAACCAACAGGACUGCAGCGCUCAGGAAGCAGGGCGGACCUCCCCCGAGCAGUUUCAUGUUUCGUACUCCGUCCGCUCCCAAGGUGCCUGGUAGUGCCGGCACUCAAUCAAGAAGCAGCUCUUCUCUCAGCACCUAUCAUGACAAUGCCGGAACAGACUCUGCUCCUCGGACCCGUUCAGGCUCCACGGCACCGUCUCGGGCAUCUUCCCGUACCUCCCAUGUUGCCCCGAGGGCAACUUCAAACAACACCAGCAGCUACUCCUCUCAAGUUUCUGAAAGUUCUGCAGUGAGCACUACGAGCACCGCUAGUGUGGAUGAACUCGACGGAGCCAAGUCAGUUAAACGACCGGCGCGCCGUCUGAGCAGCCUCCAGGCUCCCUCUAUCGCUCCCCGCCCCAACAAGAGCGCCACGCUCAGGGCCCAAAAGAUGGCAGCAGACGCAGCCAAACCUAAAAGCCCUUGGGCUAACGCCUCCAAGCGGUAGGGGUGAUGUACACCGCACGGGGUUUGGACACCCAUGUAAGACUGGCGUACGAGCAGUGUGUGGUUGUUAUUUUAUGCUUCAUUUACAUGAAGGCAUCCCGCCUUCAUCUUGCUUUCAGGAUAUAUCCCAUGUGCACUAUGUAUUUCUCGUUUCAUACGGCUUGCGAUCACGGAACAUACGCAUCUAUCCCCUUUUUGUAUAUGCGCCUAUCUAUAGACGAUCUUCACUUGCGUCUUUCACAAGUCUAUAUUUCCCCUUCCUUCUUGUCGCUCUUUGAUUGUCUCCUUGUUUUUAUGGUUUGUGGAAUGGCUUCGUGCUGGACAUGGGCCUUAUGUGUCAAUGAAUAACGACGGUGUUUUGAUAUGGGAAUGAUAGCAUGGAGUGCAC